AUGUCGGACGACGAAGUCGACCAUGAGCUGCUAGACCUCAUGCGGAAGCACUGGGGUGGUGGUGCCAAAGAGGAAGGUCCGCCAGAAACAAAAGUUCUGGAAAAUGCCCAGUUCAUCUGCGAUAACAGCAUGGACGUUGCCCUCGACAUGCGCUCUACCAAGGUCGCUGCCCAACUUGUGCUUGACGAGAUGGAGAGGCGGGAGUACUCCACCAAAACAUGGUCAGAGCAUGAGCUGCACCCCAAAGCAAAAGACGAGAGCACUGUCAAUUUCAUCUUCACGAUGGAUCUGCUCAACUUCAGCUUCUGGAGCGAGAAGAGCGACGAGGAGCGCUUCGCAGUAGUCUACAAGGGAAAAAGAUGGACUGGCUACUGGAGUCUGGUUGCAAUUCUGCAAAGAGCGUUGGAGCAAGACAUACCCAUCACUAGUCCGGAAUUCUGGGUCGACGAAGAAUUGUGUUCGAAUGAAGUACUGCGAACUGUAUUCUCUUCUGGCACCGACGAGGAGAUCCCCAUGUUCGAGCAAAGGAUGCGAUGUCUAAGAGAAGCAGGCCAAAUCCUAGAGGAGGAAUUUGACGGUAGUGUCGUCACACUUAUUGAAGACGCGAACAACUCCGCUGCCGGCCUUGUGAAUCUACUCGCCGAAAAGUUCAACUGUUUCAGAGAUGAAGGCAGAUUCGAGAACAAGAAUGUGCGCUUCUUGAAGCGAGCCCAAAUCUUCGUUGCAGAUCUGUGGGCUGCGUUCGGUGGCGAGGGAUAUGGCGAGUUCAACGACAUUGACAAGAUCACAAUGUUUGCAGAUUACCGCAUUCCUCAAAUGCUACACUCACUAGGUAUUAUCUGGUACUGCCCGCCUCUCGAGAACAAGGUACGCCGCCUUGAGACCAUCGAGUCUGGCCACUCCUGGGAGAUGCAGAUCCGAGGUUGUAGUAUCUGGGCUGUAGAGCUUCUCCGCAAAGAGAUUCUGAAGCUGAAGCCGGACGCCAAGGUCAACGCUAUUCUCAUUGACUUCUUCCUGUAUGAUCUUGCGAAGGAGAAGGAGAAGGAGGAGGCAGACGUCAUACCACACCAUCGGACGAGAAGCAUAUGGUAUUGA